CCAGCGGCACAGCGAUCACCUGGCCGCAGUGACACGCCAGCCGUCAGAAGGGGAGGCUGUGCGCUACCCGGCUCCCGAUACCUCAGUGGCUCCGUGCUGGCUAGGGAGAAUUAACAAGUGCAUUCCGACUUCAGAAAUCGCCUCCUCCGCGUCUGUGAUACCUCCCCGCGCUGUGAUAGUCUGUCUGUGUGUCUGUGUGUGUGUGUGUUACGUGUGUCAAAGGGGCUACGGGUCAUCCUCCUCCCUCCCCCCCUUGAGUGGUCUUAGUCUUGGUCGUGAACUUGUAAACAAAUGUCACUCGGCUUAACGGGCUUACUAAACAGCGACGUUGUGUAAAUAAAUGAUUCCAGUGAUUUCUGUGAUAUUAGCGUUCAUUCCUUGACCACACUGCCUGUAACUUAACUGUAAUCCGAAACACACUGUAAUCUUUCCUUCCACGCCAACGGGAUCACAAAACACCGACGUAAACAACUAUACUGGCAAGUCAUUUAUCUAAUUUCUGCGACCUUACCGUUGAUUCCUUGACCACAUUGCCUCUAACUUAACUGUAACUCGAAACACAAUUAUAACCUUCCUUUCUACUACCCCUGAGAACGUGGAGAACAGGAAUUAAGCCUUAAAAUAACCAGAAACCGACUCGAAAACCCCAAGUCACUCUUCCCGGGAGCUCUGUGCAAUAUUAAUCCCUCAGGUACCCCAAACACAAUAACCUUUCCCUCCUCUCCAACGGGAUCACAAAACAGCGACAAAGUGUAAACAACUCUUCUUGCGAGUUAUUUUUUCACCUCAUUUCUGGGAUAUUACUUGAAACCGCUUUAACGAACCCCACUUCUACCCUUGAGAACGGAGAAAAUACGCAUUAUAUCCCAAAAUAACAUAACCCAAGCCUGGAAUACCCUAAUCCCUAACGCAAACAUUGAAAGCCCUCACCAAAUACUCUAAAUCGCAACGAAGUAAGAAAGAUUAGGUGAUUAAAGACAAUCCCGCGGUAAAAUCAAGAUUAAUGAGGGCUUGAGUUAGCUUUUGAUAGUAUUAAUACCCGUGUGUGUGUACAUAUAUAAGCUGCCGGCAUAGAGAUAUAGUCAUAGAGCAGCGAUAUCAAGCACUCCCUGACGCCGGUAACACCCAUAACAAAGGUUGUAUAGAGGCGUAUGUGUUUAUAUAAAGGGCGUGACAAAGAGAUACAGUCAUAGAGUAGCCACAUCAACCACCCCUGACGCCACUGGAGCCUUGUGUGUGUAUAUAUGAGGCGUGACAUAGAGAUCAAGCACCCCUGACGCCACUGAAGCCACUGGUGGGUGUGUAUGUGAGGGCGUGACAUAGAGAUUGAGUAAUAGAAUAGCCACCUCGAGUAGUCCCGACGCCGGUGCCUUCACGAUGUUGCCAAUGACCCAAGUGAAGGUGAUGAUGGGGGUGGGGUCCGUCUUGGUCAUCCUCUGUUCCGUCUUCCUGGGUGUCUUUCCCGUCAUCUUCAACUCCAUUGUCGAUAAGAUGCUGGUGGUCCGUAACGACAGCGAGGUCUUCGACGCCUUUGUGUCCCCGCCUGUUCCAAUCUACAUGCAGUUCUGGCUCUUCAAUGUCACCAACCCUGACGAGAUCCGAUUCUCCGGCGCCAAGCCCGUGCUGCAGGAGGUCGGACCCUUCACCUACGAGGAGGUCCGCGUGAAGUACAGCUUUGAGUGGGACGACUACGAAGGCACCGUGUCGUACCUGCAAAACAAGAGCUACAUGUUCCGCGAAGACCUCUCCAACGGCCUGAAGGAGUCCGACCCGAUCACCACCAUCAACGUCCUCAUGGUGCUGCUUUCACAAGUCUUCGGCGGAGAGCAUGCUCCCGACGGCAACGAAAGAGCUGACGCCGACAGCCAGUUCCACGACGCCGACAGCAACAACCACAACCUCCACCGCGUCGGACCGCUCGAGCUCUCCGCUUUGCACCUCGACAUCGCCUCCGCCGCCGAAGCAUCAGAAGAAGAAGACGCAGAACAACCCCCCGUCGUGAAGAGCUUAGCCUCGAGCGUGGUAUGGGGGCAGAUUGAGAAAGCCAUGGAUCCGUUUGAAGCUCACGAGGCCGGGGAGAUUUUAUUCUACGGUUACGAGUUGCCUGAGUUCAAUUUCGAUUUCUCCUUCAUCCCCGCGCUCAACAUGACGGAGGGUUGGAGUGGAACCAUCGCGGAGAUUCUGGAGGCCAUGGGGGUGGAGGAUAUUCCGCCCGUGAUUGAGGAUAAUGUGCUUGCCUUGAUGCUUGGGGUCAACAACACCAACGACAAACGCUAUGAAGUCAAGACGGGCGCUAACGGGAUGGACGACUUCCUCAACAUUCAGGCGUGGAACGAGAGUGACUCCCUUCACUAUUGGCACGGCCCCGGGGAUGAAUACUGCAACAUGAUCAACGGAACGGACGGCUCUCAGUACCCUCCACGCGUUACCCGGGACACGGUGCUGCGGCUGUACACUUCGGAGCUAUGCAGAUCGCUGUACCUGACCUACGAGAAGGACC